UCUUGCAGCGUCCUGUCGGGAGGACAGUCGUUCACAUUCCCUGGAUUCACUCUCUGCCAUUUUGAACACAACCGGCCGACAUCAGCGUCCGUCAAACUUGAAGCGAUGUUCUCAAACAGUGAACUGUCUUUGUGAAUUCUGUAAACACACUUGCUGGACACAACAAUAGGUACACCUGCACAAUCCAGUGGCUUGGUCAUUUUCCAGCGUGACAUACCAAGUGUCAACUGAAGCAGAUUGAGCAGCUUCUCAUUUCUUGCCUGCCUUGUGAGCAGACGUUCUGCAUGGAAAAACAUAAUCAGGGACUUUUCAGCACACCUCCCCAUGUGGAGACUCAUGUUGGUCUAUGUUCCUUCAUAUCGAACACCACAGAGGCGUUCCAUAACAUGAUGAGAAGACUUCUCUGUGUUGACACAACAAAGCAGCAGCUGUUGUUUUGAAGUGCCACCAGCCAUGUGCUCCACCAAUCAGUCCAACUGGGUCACAUUUGAAGACGACAACACACCCCUCUCAUCCCCACAGAAGCCCCUACAAUCGCCAGGGUGUAUCAAAGCGGCACUGCCACGUCCCAACGGUCUCAAAUUAGUGCUUCCUCCUAUCAGAGACACUUCCUGGAGCUUCAUCAGCUCCCUGGAAUCUCCUCAAAGCCAGUCAAGUGUCAGUGGAGAUACGUGUGUUCCGUGUAACUCAUCCCUUUGCACUCCUGUAAGCAGCGUUCCGAGCAGUGCAUCUCUACUUCGCUCCAACACCAGGGAGGAGAACAAUUUCUUCCAGAACUUAUCCAGCUUGUCUCCAACUGUUGUUUCCUCUCCUGGACCAGAAGCCCUGAAUCUUAGCUCAGAUGGACCAGACACCUUCCCCACUUUCCAGGGGAACUCUGGACACUUAAACCCUUUCUGGGACAGCUCUGGACACAGCGUGGAUGUUGGCAGCUCUUCUUCAGACUCGGAAUCUGACAAUAGUCUACCACGUUUCUUUAUACGGACCAAAGAUGGCAGUGAGCCUCCACGUGAUCACCUCCAGAACACGCUGUCUUUUGUUUGCAACAAACUUGAAGGCCUCCGAACAGAAAAUGACCACAACACAGACAUGGAAAGACACGAGAGAGCUGAGAGGCGGCUCAGUUCGAAAUGUGAGGUAAUAAGCGAGAGUCCCUCUCAGUUUGUUCCUCGUGGUUUGUUUCGUAGCCAGAGGAGAGAUGGCUGGCCUGUUAUGCUCAGGAUUCCAGAAAAAAAGAAUCGCAUGUCCUCAAGGCAGUGGGGUCCCAUUUACCUCCGCUUGUUACCAGGAGGUGUUCUGCAGAUGUACUACGAGAAAGGACUAGAAAAGCCCUUCAAAGAGUUCCAGCUCCUGCCUCAAUGUCGACUCUCUGCCCUCAAGCUGGAAAGCUAUGGUGAGCCCCGUAAAGUCCUCACGGUGAAGGUUGAGCAUUUCUCCUACACAGAAAAGAAACGCUACCAUCCCAAGCUGGAGGUGAAUCACGAAGCUGAAGUCGAGCAGCUGCUCAAGUUUGGCUCCACCGUACACAAAGACAUGGAGGAUCUGGUGGUCUCCAUGGAAGAGGAGAUUUUCCAGCUGUCCGUGCUCCACCAGUCCAGGCGGCAUUAUGAGGAACAAGAGCUGUCCCUGCAGAUCACCGACAACAUGUGGGUACAGCUAGAUAAGUUUGGAGGAGUCAUGGAGCGGACCGCCUUCACUCAAAUUCACUGUCUUGCCUUUCUGAACGGACUGGGCGAUUGUUUUCUUGCUCUGAAUGACCUUGGCCUGUUGCGCUCAAAUGCAAGCUAUGGCUCUGAAGAGAGCAGCGAGCCCUGGAUGGAGAUCACAGACUGUCACCUUCACAAGUGUGUAAAUGAGCCUGCCUUUCAGAAGUCACGACUGAUAAAGUUCUGUCCCCCAGAGGCAUGUAGGGUGGAGCUGAUGCGGUACAAAACCAUGUUUUUGGGUUGCACGGAAAUACCUUUCACGAUUAAAGCAGUGGUUACUGUUCAAGGUGCCUACGUGGAGCUGCAGGCCUUUCUCAACAUGUCAAGAACAUUUCCCUCCUCUGUGGGGGUGUCUGACACAUACCCACUGUGUGAGAAUGUAGUGGUGCGAGUGCCGGUGCCGGGCGAAUGGGUCAAAGUGACACAAACAGUGGCCUUGUUGCGCCAGAGGUCGCUGAAGGCCCGAAUGAACAGAAAUGCCUGCCUGGGCUCUUUCAGCACUGCAGACUCACAGCCCGUCAUGCAGGUAUCAGUCGGCAGUGUCAAGUACGAGAACGUCUACUCUGCUGUCGUCUGGAGGAUUGACAGACUCCCUGCAAAGAACACAGCAGUGGACCAUCCUCAUUCAUUCUCCUGCAAACUAGAGCUGGGAUCUGAUCAGGAAAUCCCAAGCGACUGGUAUCCUUUCGUCACCAUGGAAUGUGAAAUUAUGGGCGCCGUCGUGUCACAGACCAGAGUCAAGUCUCUGGGCACAGCCAAUGACAUUCAACCACAGAAACACGUGACCAGCUGGACUCGCUAUCAUUGUCAGGUGGAAGUGGAGAAGAAAUGGAUUGAAAUAGAGUCACAACAGCAAUCUGGCUGUAUGACGCAGUGAUAAUGAAAGAAACCUUUAUUUAUAAAAAACAAACAAAAAAAAAGAAGUAAAUGAAACACAGGUGACAAGGGACUGUCUGCGUAAUAUUUGGUGUCAUACUUGCUCUAAUCUAAUUUCAGCUUGGUAGUAUUGCUCAUGAUUAGGUUAAUUCCUUUAACUAAGACUGUAUGCCUACCCAUUAACAUCUUGCAACACUUGCACUUUACAUCUAAUAGUUGUAUUCUUUGUAAAAAAAAAAGAAAAAAAGAAAAAAGAAAUUGUAUGUAGGCUUGCAUUUGUGUUAUCUGCACUGCCCUCCAGAUUCAUUUGCAGGCUGAACAAUUGAGCAUAUUUUUGUUGGGUUUGCAAUUAUGGCCUUUGUCGAACACUUGAAUUAAUUGUUGCUUCAUGUUCAUAAUUGUGUGUAGAGAUUUGACUUCUGCUCUAAGCAUCUCAUUCAUUCCACAUUGUAAGUCAAUUAACUUGCACUAAAUAUGGCAAAGACAAAGCAUCCAAAAGACACCAACACCCCUCAUGGAAGAGUGAUGUGAAUACAAUAACAAAAAUGGCUGUUUUGUACAUUUUUUAUUUUUUUUUAAUCUGGACGUUUUUUUUUUUAUCUGGACUGUAUUGAUUGAACUCAUGUUAGAAGCCUUUCAAUGACAGGCUAAUGGACAUUUCGUGCAUUGAUCUAAGCGUGUUUACAAUGACAAUUGGCAAAUAAGGUUUUAAUUGUCAUGCACCAUACAAUGUCUGUAUGCAACUGCUGCUACUGCAAAAACUAAAGUAAAACACUCAAGUUCUUAAAUGAGCGUUACUAUUUAACUUUUUUUCUCAUCUCAUCACUUACGCUGCUUACAUUCAACUGUCCUUAAACUUUAUCAAGGUUGUAUUCUGGAGAAAUAUGUUAUUUAAGCCAAUCUUAUUUGACUGUUCUGCCUCUAAAUAGUGCCAGAAUGGUCAGAGUGAACUAAAAGACCUUCAGUUAGACAUGAUGUGGUACCCUAAAUUGAUAAACAUGCCGUACCAAAGUCAAAUGAAAAAUAAAACUAUGACUUGUGACACUU